UUUCAUUAUUUCACAGUUGGCAAUAUAAAAUACAUCAGGAAUAUUUCAAAAAUAAAAUGGCAAGAAAAAUAAGCCAAAUAAAUGCUUGACAAUGUCAAGUUUUCACAACUGUUAGCAACUUAGUUGGUUGGCAAUGGGAAAUUGGUUGGCAACUCUCAAAAUGUAAUUUCAUAGAUAUUUGUACCAUGUCCGGACAUGGUACAAAUAAAUCUAUGAAAUUAUAUUUUGAGAGUGCGUUUUUUCAUUUUUAUUUUGAUACUUCUUUAUUACUCGCACUCAUAAACUAUUUGGGAGUUGAGCGCGUCUGUUCUCAAUUCUAAAUUGCAUUGCAACCACGCACCCCUGAACAAUCCCUCGUUUUGGAAUCAACGCGGCGGCGGAUUGAAUAGACCUGUUCGACUUCAUGCGGGAGCUGCUCAGCCCGAUCGAUCUAAAUGUUCAGUGUUCUUUUGAGUCACUCUCGCGGUAUUGUGAUGUCAUGCACCAAUCAGUCUGCGCAGGCGCCGCAUGAGGUCGAAAUAACCCACCCACAAGAGGAACCGGAAGUUACGUAGCAGCCAGCCAGCCACGCAUAUUUACGCACGCCGUGGAUGUGAAAUUCAAACUGCUGUUUUACUACAUGCUGCUGAACUUCUGCCUCGCUUGUUGAUCUUUAUCUUAUGGUGUUUUAUUACACAAAGGUAAGUAAACUUUAUUUUUUAAAGAAAGCUUAACUUAGACACAUGUUAUAGUAGUUCACAGCAGCGUACUCGUUUGUUCACUUGUGGCUCUUAUACUUUUUAUGCUAGAACGCACGCCGUGGAUGUGAAAUUCAAACUGCUGUUUAAUGCUGCUGAACUUUUGCCUGGCUUGUUGAUCUUUAUCUUCUGGUAUUUUAUUACACACAGGUAAGUAAACUUGUUUUGUUUUUUUAAAGAAAGCUUAACUUAGACACAUGUUAUAGUAGUUCACAGCAGCGUACUCGUUUGUUCACUUGUGGCUCUUAUACUUUUUAUGCUAGAACGCACGCCGUGGAUGUGAAAUUCAAACUGCUGUUUAAUGCUGCUGAACUUUUGCCUGGCUUGUUGAUCUUUAUCUUCUGGUAUUUUAUUACACACAGAACGCACGCCGUGGAUGUGAAAUUCAAACUGCUGUUUUACUACAUGCUGCUGAACUUCUGCCUCGCUUCUGUGCAGUUCAGAGAGUUGAUUCGGGAUGGUGUGGUUCUUAAAACUUCAGAAGGUGAUAAUUGUAUUGAGGUUAAUAAUGUUGUUGUUCUGGUACAAAACAUUAUUUGCUUUAAAGGGAGUGAGUUUGUUGUUUAUAAAGAGUACACCAAGAAAGAAAGUUUAUUUGACUACCCAAUAGAUUCACAGGAAUUAGGGAUUUUUGUUGUUUCAGACCUGUCAUUGGAGCUGAAAUGUGCAAGGCUUACACAAAAUAUACACAAGUAUGUGAGAUUGCCUCUUGAGGGACAGGGCAGGUUUGCGGUUUUCCCCCUUCUACAUUUAAAAUGAGUUUUUUGUUUUUUGUUUUUGUUUCUCUUUUCCAGAAUUUGUUUUACAAGGGGACACAAGAUUGUUGUUAGUUCUUCACUCUACACAAAAAACAUGUACCACAUUGUGAGCUUUCUUGAUACCCAAGAAGUGGAGGUUGUGCCAGCAGUCUGGGUAAAAAAUGGGAUUUGUUUAUGGCCUCCAUAUAAGGGUGAAGGAAUUCAGAGGGCAACCAAGUGUUUGGAGCAACCUAGGGAGUCUUGGUCUGCUUAUAAAAUAAAAAUUAUGUAUACUGCAGAAAGCUAUGGUGAAGCACGCCGGAAGCUGCCGCUUGCUGAGCUACAGACUGAUCUCCAGUCUGAGGCAGAGCUUGAGUCCCAGAGGCCACCAAAACGCAAAACAAAACGAAACCGGCGCCUUUUGGAAGAUUAUGACACUGAUGACGAGGCUAUUGCACCCCAAAAAGACAAUUUGCCACAUGCCCCGCAAAUACAACCACCACCUAAAAGGAUUUGUUCAUCUACUGAGGUACAACCAAGUCCUCAAAGACAACCUCAACCCUCCAUAUGUCCUCAGAAGUCCUCGUGUCUGACACGGAUCCCAGAAACUCCAGGCCCAUCCUUGUUGGACAUAAGCCCUUCAAUUGAAAUGCAAGAGAGAAAUCUUGGGUCUUCAUUACGCCAAGCAAUAGAUAUGCCUGAACCGAUGCCUACCCUGCCUUUUCACAAUACACCGUCUUCUGCCAGAUCAUCACCAAAAUGA